GUGGGCCGGUUUUGAAUGCUGACGAUUCUUCCGGAGGAGUCGGGUUGAGGACGUGGACUGAUGGCUCCUAAAGGCAGCAGCAAGCAGCAGUCGGAGGAAGAUCUGUUGCUGCAGGACUUCAGUCGAAAUGUCUCGGCCAAAUCCUCUGCAUUGUUUUAUGGAAACGCAUUCAUUGUGUCGGCCAUUCCUAUCUGGCUCUACUGGAGGAUCUGGCACAUGGACCUUGUCCAAUCUGCAGUUCUGUAUUGUGUGAUGACCCUUGUCAGUACCUAUCUUGUGGCAUUUGCUUACAAAAAUGUCAAGUUUGUCCUGAAACACAAGGUUGCACAGAAGAGAGAAGAUGCAGUUUCCAAAGAGGUCACUCGGAAACUGUCUGAAGCUGACAACAGGAAGAUGUCUCGCAAAGAAAAAGAUGAAAGGAUCCUAUGGAAAAAGAAUGAAGUGGCUGAUUAUGAAGCUACAACCUUUUCAAUCUUUUACAACAACACUCUGUUUCUGGUGAUGGUGAUCAUUGCUUCGUUCUUUAUAUUGAAGAAUUUCAAUCCUACAGUAAACUACAUCCUGUCGAUUUGUGCUUCAUCAGGAUUAAUUGCUCUUCUUUCUACAGGCUCAAAGUAAUUUUCUCAGGCUUUCUUAAUGAGCUGUUGUCAAGAAUUGAAUCGUCUGUGUACUUAAUAAGGUUACUUCGAUUUUAAAAUCUGUAAACUUGAGACCUGAAACUAUAGAAUUGGUCACUUGACUGAGACAACUACAGUUCUGUGAACUGCAUUUCUUUUUACAAUACACCUGUAUUCCAUAUUGUCAGUCAUGGUUGUAAUGUAAUAAAAUGAAUGCAUUUUGCAACUGUUUUUUUUUAUUUGCCAGCCCACUUCUAGAAGUCUGCAAUUUUGCUUUAACUUGUAUGGGCACACACAUCCACCCCCUAUAAUAUAUCUACUUUUCUGUAGAUAUUGUAAACGACAAGUUAAAAUUUGUGUAAAGUAAGGCAUUGAGUUGGCCUUUAGUAUAUAUGGUGUAUGCAACAUGUAAACUCAUAAUUUAUGAAAAUCUCUGUCACUUAUAGAGCAGAGAUAAUGACCAAGUAUCAGCCUCCCAUACUCAGUGAUAUCAUAGAUGGUCACAAGCUUGAUUAAAAAUGUAGGUUUUAAGAAGUUUAAGAAUGGGAGCUGUAGAGAGGGAAUUGACCUUGCAUUUCUUCCUGAGAUGUGGCACAGUAGUCCCUUGCUGUACCCAUGGGGAUUAUUUUCCAGGAUCUACCGCGAAAGCCUGAAACCGCGGAUUGGAGCGAAUCCAUUCAUUUCAUUGGUAAAUGUACUUUCCCGGCAGCCCCCUGGUGCUGGAACGUUCCCUAUAAUAUGUUUCAGCUAUGGUAAACUGUGGCUAUACAAAACCAUGGAAAAUGAUUCUGCGGAUGGCGGGGGGGGUCACCCUGUGCUACAGAGGUAUUUUAAAACCUACUAAGUUAGAACCUAAACUAUGAAUACAUUGUGUUACCUAACAAGUCAAAUAAAUUACUGCAUAAUUAUGCCUGA